GCCGAGCAAAGCUUUGUGAGUAGGCUCAUAGACUCUCUUCUCGAGACAGGACGUCCAAAGACUGAGCUAGAGACAAACAUCAUCAGCGCCUGCCAAAGAACUCCCUGAUCUCCCUGCAGGUACAGUGAAGAAGAUUGCUGCAAGCCCAUCUGGACUGGUCUCCACUCCGGGUGACGAGGCGCCUCUGUACGUCAUGAAUGCAGCGGGGUCGUCCAAGGUACAGAGGAAGACUGCCCCCGCGGCUCCGGUCGCGCAGACCCAACGCCCAGGCGAACCGCAGACGAGCGGCGCAAGGCAGGAGUCUAGCUCAGGCACAACGACAAUAGCAAAGGGCGCAGUGACAACCGCGUCACCUAGAGACGAGGCAGAAGCCGAUCAGCAGACGACACCACGUCCGGACUUGCCCUCAUCUGGCCAUGGCGAGCUUCCAUCGAUUCUCAUGACGCCUCGAGCAGGGAAUACCACACCGAGAGUUGGAACUGCCACGCCGACCUUUUCGACAAUGCCAAGGCCACACUCGUCGCCAGGGCUCGACGCCAGUGACACUCAAAGGCUUCGGAGUCAGAAGCUGGCGACAUCGUCAAAGGCAUCGACGAUGAGCCGCACCCCGAAUGCACUGAAGAACGCCAGGAAUAAGCUUGGGAGUAUUGCGCGGUCCAGGGACAGCUUUUUCUCACCUACGUCCAGCGCUGAUGCUGCCUACAAUGGCGAUGUGGUGGGCGAAAAGGCGGGCCGCAGCAAGGGGAGCCAGUCGAACCAGGUCGGCGUUGCAAACACUGCACCACCUGUGAGCGCCUCUGCCGCACUUGCCAGCGAGCUCAACGAUCUCGCCGUCGCCCAUGACGAAGGCUUGUUGGGCGAGGAGGAGUACCGUCUGCUUCGACAGGGGGCAUUCGAUCGCCUGAUGAAGAACGGUGCGAUGGAGCUGCCGCAGGAGGGUGCCAUCCGAGGUCUGGGAGUCGUGAGCGCUGAUCCCGAUGCGACAAUUCCUCGCAGACGAGAUACAGAGCCCCUGGCCUCGGUGCUGGAGCAGCAGCAGCAACAACAACAACAAAAGCAGCAGCAGCAGCAGCAGCAGCAGCCUUACAGUAGAGAGCGAGCGUCGACACUAUCGCAGACGCCGAGUGUUCUCAGUCUUCUCCGACGAGCAUCGCUGCUCAGCGGUAAAGGGAGCGAGAAGAGGGCUUCUACAGACCAGCACCAACACCUGGACCCCUCGUCUUCGUCGACUGCGAGCGUCCGACAGCACGCUUCCAAUCCUACGCUCGGUGGGCGGCGACUCACCAAUGACUCUGGCUCCCUCUUUGCAUCCAACAGCAGCCGCGUCCACUCGCAGUACAGCGGUACCUCGGGCGGCCACGGAGGCACGCCAAGCUCUACGACACGGUCACUAUCUAACCUCCGUAGGGGUGGCUCGAGGCGGAAAAAGGAGCGAGCAGAGGAGCUCGAAGAAGCCUAUCGAACUGCCAGAAGCACCAGGAGCCUUCGCGGCGCAGCCAGCCAGAUUCUCGUUGAUCCUUCUUCGAGCCUGGGCGUGGGCGAUGACUCCAAUGCAUCUGUGGCCCGGAUGAGUGCCAUGGGUCUGUCGAUCUCGAAUGGCACAUCGCUCCUCGGCGUCGACUAUGCGGACAAGAGCUCUUCAGAGAUCAAGGCGGAGCGCGCCGUCGUCGAAGCGGAAUACGCUCGGCUGCUCGAGAGCUUCAGUGCCAUGGAGCAGAUGUCCAUGGGCAGAUAUUCCACGCUCGACUAUCAACAGCUGAAGAAGGCCUGGGCGCUGAGCGCUCUCAACCAUGGAGGGACCAUGCCGGACGACAUUGAGGAUCCCGAUGGCAACUUUGUCCUGGUCGAGGGCGGAGGCGAGAGCGAGCCAGCGGGGACUCAAACGACCAAGGAUGGCAAGAGAAGCAGUCAGACGGGCAAAUCGAACAUCCGAAAGACAAGAAGCGGCCCUCUUUUGCAGCCUUUCAACUCCUCCACGGGGGCUGCUUCUGGCUCUGCUAGCAGUCUCAAUGGAGCUGCCCUCUUGAGCCCCCCUUCGUCGUACCGUGGACCUGGCUCGCCGGCGUCCUCUUCGCCAAACAACCGCAGCAGGACCUCGCUCACUUCUCUGUCUCCACCUUCGUCGCCCAACGCACCGGUCCGAGGAGGCAGGGCGGCCGGGAGCUACUUCAGCGGUGCAGUCAUAGAGGCGCCACUAGACGAAGCACGCUCAAGCGGUAACACAGACGAAGAGACGGCACAGAGGCUCAUCCUCAGCCUCAAGACGGACCUUGACGAGAUCGCGAAGCGGAAGCAGGAUGUCGCUGCAAAGUACAGCGCACGGUUGGACUUUCUGAAGAGCGCCACGAGGAGUGCUCUGAUCCGCGAGGGCCUCAAGCGGUGAUGGCCCAGUCAUCUAGCCUCUCUUCUUCUCUCCUUUCUCCUUGCGCUUAAUACGUCUGGCUUUGUAUCAAUUCCUUUUUGUUACCAUCUUCUAACCCCUCAUUCCCCCUUUCUCUUCUCCCUCCAUGUUCCAUUUUCCUCUGAUUUUUAGUGACGGAUCAAU